ACUUAUAACAAUCGUUCAUGACCGACUUGUAUAUCUUAUUUUUUUUUAUCUAAUUUAAUUUAAUUAAUCUCUUGUUUAUUUGUGUAGCGCGUACUCGCGUACGCCCGCCGCGCUGCUGUUGUGUGUUAUGAAAUGUGUACGCUUUAGUUAGAAGCUCGUUGGGAAAUGGUGAAUGCAACCCGGUCAAGGCUGCGCGUUGGCCGAUGACCUUUAAUGCGAUAUUGUUUCAGAUGCAAUUUUCAUUCAGAUUUGAUGGCGCCGAUACGAUUAUUGAAAAUUAUUAAUUUUCUGAAUACUCCGUUACUCGAUACCGUCCGCUCCUCGCCCGCUCUACGCCAUUGACUUGAGAACUGGUAGUAAAGGAUUCGCCGGAAUUAUCGGUUCGAAGAGCGUCAGAAAUAGAUGAUUCCACUGAAAAAACGUUGCUGGUCAAUCCUAUUUGUCCUGUCAGAAUUAUGCUGGAGUAUAUACGAAAGAAAUGCAGGCUUGGUAUAUUCACACAGUUUGAUUUAUGUGACGAAUCUGGAGCAUUAAAAGGAUUAUUUAAUAUGCCGACCUAUGCAUAUGCAACUGACCAGUUUGAGCAUAAAAAGACAUAUUACCUCAUUGUAUUGAAAAUGGAAUUCGACAAAAAGAUAUCGGUUCUACCGCAGUUAAACCGUGAGAAUGCGCGCUACGAAGACUUAAAGAAUAAAGUGACGAGUUUCAGGUCGGGUGAGAGUCCUAACAGAUCUCCUCCACCAGCGCCAACCCCUUCGGGGAAGACCACACCAAUGUUAAAAGUUGGAGCCAGGAAGAAAUAACCAAUUCUUUCAUGUUUUCCACGAAUAUAACUGAAACAAAUAUUAAACAACUUCCAAAAACCCCAAGGCGGCUUUUAUAAGUUAUCAGCCACUUAAUCCAUUAUGUAGAUAUUAAGAUUCAAUCUAAAGAAUCUUUUAAAGGACACUGUCAUUUGUUUAA